GCUUCAUUGAUAUAUAGCCGCGUAUUUGCUCUUCUUUUGCCACCAAAAUACCAUUUGUUAGCAAAAUCUACACAGCCGUGAUCAUGGAAGAGCAUAUUUACAUAAACACAAGUAGCACCGUGUCGAAGAGAGAAAGAAAUUUCGGUUACUGGCUUCUCUCAAUUGUGCUCUUCGUAUGCGGUCAGCAUCUGCGAAUUCCACCUGCGACGAUCAAAUUGACGCCUUUCUGGAAAUGCGUGCACACCGUCCAUUCGGCACUGGUCCUCCUCAGUCUAUUUUUCUUCGUUUCAGUCGCAGCUGCCGCUCUCGUAGAGCACCUCGGUAAUUUCCAACACGCAAUCUUCAUAGCAGCUGGCUUCAUGGGAGUGCUCGAAUGCCUCAUAAGAAGUGUUUACACCACUUUGAGGAAAAAUAAAAUCGAGCAAAUUGCCACAAAGAUUCAAUUUGGAUUGGAUGAACUGGAAAGCUGUGAUACAAAAUCGUUUACCAAAAGACUCUCAAAGAUCAUCUCGGCGUUUCUGGUUAUACUGCUCUCAUUUUUCUCCGUCGCCUUGAUUUGCAAUUUGAUAACCCUCUUUGCCAGAAUUGAAGCAGAACUUGCUUAUGACGGACGUGAUGUUGAUACAGCGGUGUCGUUUAAAAUAUUCCGAGCAUUCAUCGAUUUUUGCGAAUUCUUUAAUUUUCGCCCAUCAAACCUCCAAUCUGAAAUUUUUAUGACAUUUAUGUAUUCACUUUCGUUUUUGUCAAUCUGCCGACUUGUUGUUUCAAAUAUUCUGUUCUGCUCUUGGUAUUUAAUAAUAGCCAAGAUGUACCAGCAAUUGACUAAAAAUUUCACAAGGGCCUUAUCCACUGAAAAGAGCCUCAGUGACUGGAUCAAACAUCACUCAAAAAUAACCGAGUAUAAAUUAAAGCACUCUAGAGAAAAAAAAUUAAAAAGGGAAUUCUUAAUUUUAAGGUUAACAACGGAAAUCAACAGACUAACAGCGCCCAUUGUAGUGGUGACGGUGGUGUUUACCGGACUUCAAAUUUCAAUUACGGCAUUCACAGUUGCUAAGCGUUGGGGUGUGAUGGAUUUUGUUCCAUAUGUGGCAUUCGCUGCUUCGUCUUUCCAACAAAUUUUCAUUUAUUGCGUUCUAGGACAAAAAAUAAAAACAAAGAUAAUGGCUUUACAACAUCAAAUUUACAACAGUCCCUGGCUCGAGAGCAGCCCGGUUGAGCAAAACGCGGUUUUAGUGAUUUACGCUGUGGCAAGUGACAAAUUAAAAAGCAGUCUUCCCGGUUCCCCAUUCUUUUCCAUGUCCAUGGAAUUUUUCGCCACGGCUGUUGGCGCUAUCUUCACUUACUUCAUCGUUCUGAUCCAACUUGGCUAGUGCGUAUUAAGAAUAAGACUGGAUAAUCUAUUUAUUUAUUUUAAUUGCAUCACUUUUAAUUCAAAUUUAAAAAAUUAUUAUAAUUAAAUAAAGUUUGCUAUUAUUGUGUUUUAUAAUUCUCGUUUCAUUCAUUAAUAUAAAAAUAAAUAUUUAUUCGUUUUAUUGAGUAAGUAAAGAAGUUCAUUUUUUCCU